CUUUGUCUUUUUCUUUCCUGUCUUAUCUUUGACUCCUAUCCCCUUGAGUGGUGGUCAUGGCCAGUCUGGUUUGGUUGUAGCCUCCUGCAAGUGCUUGGUGCUCCAGAAAAAAACAUAGUUGGGGUACCAAGGACUUGCUGAUAUUUUAUGGAGAAGAUCUUGGAAGUACAGGCUAUAUAUAGAAUGGGGGCUCUGUGAUACAAGAGGCUGAAGGUCACAUGGGGACCAAGCUGUAAAAGAAGUCUCCAUUGUUCUGUAAGCAUCUGGACUUGCUGGUUGAUGCUCGACAGGUCAGUUAGGUGCUGGCUUGGGGAAGUACCUUCUGCUCCUGUCCUGAGGCAUAUCUAGGAGAGCUCCUUGGAUAUUUCCAUAGAAAGAUCCACAGGGCUCCUUAUGAUGAGGGGCCAUACCCAUUGGCCAUCUGGAACUCACUCUAUAGACUGGACUGGCCUUGAACUCACUGAGAUCCACCUGCCUCUGCCUCCCAAGUGCUGGGAUUAAAGGCGAGCGCCAUCACUGCCCAGCUCAGUGGUUCCUUUACAGCUGGAAGGGGAAAGGACUUGACUAUAGUAUCAGGCUGCUGGUGGUUGCUGUUCCUUUUGAUUGUUCCCAACUCUCAAACUGAGUGCAGUAGAGCAGUUACAGAAGAGGGCACUUGGGUAAAGUUUCCUGUAGGGCUGUGGAAAGGUCUGAUGAGUCUGUAAUGACCAGGUUAUUUUUCCCUCUCUGAGGGAAUAGAGGAUUUUGUUGUUGUUGUUGCUGAGAUGGUCAGCAACUCCUUGUGUAUCACAUUUAUUUAUUGCAGUGCGUGUAUACCACAGCAUACUUGUGGAGGUCAGAGGAUAGCUUAAAGAGCCUUCUCUUCUAGUGUGUUGGUCCCUGGGAUCAAACUCAGGUUGUCAAGGCUUGGCAGUGAGCGCCUUACCCUGCGGGGCCAGCUCACCAGCUCAUACCUUCGCUUUUCUUCAGCUGGAAGUUGAGCUUUGUUCAGCAGGAGAUUAAAUGUGUUCCAGAGGCUGCUGCUGUGCUAGAGCAAAACAGAAACCCUGGGACUGGACCUCCUACUCCUAGAUGACCCCGAGGUCUGAAGGGGUGAAGUGGGGCCAGCGGUAGAAGUCCGGGAAGUCCCAAGUUCCAGACCUGCUGGGACAGCUCUCACCAGGGAGGCCUCAUCAGCCGAUAGAGUACCUGGUGUGGCUGCCAGUUGCCUACUUCAUUGGCAAUCCAAAGACCUGAGGACCCCAGGAUCAUGUGUGUGGCCUGCUAGAGGGAAUAAGGGAAGGCCAGACCCUGAGAGGCCUAUGGUGCCCCUCAAGUCCACUGUCUAUGUACUACCACUGCUGCUGGCAUCUCUUGAGUCUGCUCUGGGCUGGGCUGGGUCCCAGUCCUGCAGUGUCCAGGAGGUACUCCGCCACUACCAAGCUGUCAUCUUCCAGGACUUGCAGGUUGCCAUGCAAUGGGCUGGGAUGGGAGCCCAGCAUACAAAGCCUGGGUCCCGACACCACCACUUCGUUCAGAAAAACCUGACUGGAGCUGGUGGAGGUCAGGGACAGCCAGGGGCCUCCUGCAAUGCCCAAAAGGAGCAUAGUAUCCUACUGUCUAUUGAGUCUCUGGGUCAGACCCUUCUUAGGAGCAUGGCUGGAGUUCCCCACAAUGCAUUAGAGAAAGCGGCAUGGACAGUGGCGGUACGCACCAAGGCAGUGAUUCACAGGCACUGCCGAACAUCCAGUAGGCAGAUCCUGCAGCCCAAGAAGCGUCCAGUACAGCAGCGUCCAGUACAGCAGCGUCCCAGCCGGAGGCGGCUCCUGCUACGUGCCCUGUACGCUGUCGCCACCUGCUGGGAGAAGCUCUUUGCACUGAGUGCCAUGGCCACCGCUCAGAUUGCCUGCACUCAAAGGCCCAGGAUGUGGAGAAGAGAGCACCCUCCUUCAUGGCCAUUCUUCCACACACCCAGUGAGGCCCCAAUAAAUGGAGCUAGUGAUGUGGCCUGAUUCUUCUACUUUUUCCUGACUGAUUAUGGGCCCUGAACCACCUAGGGAUCUGCUGCUUGGAAAUUUCACACCUGAGCAGUGACAAUAUUUGUAGCUCCCAGCUUCAUACAGCAGGGGGCAUGGGUGGGAUGUUGGACCUGUCCUCAAGUAGUGUCUAAGGCAGGGAAGCCCCCUACCCCCAUCCCACAAUCUGGUUAGGGGUGUUAAAACGUCACACAUCCGUCCUGCCCAACUCUGGACCGGAGGAGAGGGUGGAAAUGGAGAGGAGGGGAAGCCUGAGCUUGGUGGAUUCAGAGCAAAACAACCGGAUAAAGGAAACAGGACUUAGAGGAAGCCAGCCUUGCUGCCCUGGCCACAAACUAGACCAGGCCAUUUCCUGCUGCC